GGUGCUGCCGGCUGCUGGGUUACCAGGCUGUGGUUUUGGGGUGGUUUUUCUUUUUUUCUUUUGGCGUGUUCGUGGGGACUUGUGGAAAAUCGCUCCGUGGUUUAUCCUGGAUGGAAUUUAAACGCUCGUCUUUGUAGUUUGGAGUAGGUAAUUCACGGCAGUGUUUCUCGUGAGCAUCGCAUUGAUCCCUCAGAGUACCCAGGGCUGCGUGUGGGAUGCGGUUGGUUGUUAUAAAAGAACGAGGAAGCGAUGAAAGGGUAUGAUGAAAUUACAAUUGAAAAUGCUGGAAGGACUCUUGUUGAGGAACUGAAUUUUUCCCCCUUCUCGUUUGGAGCAGAACUGGGUCUCAGGUGGGUGGGGCUACCAGAGCCUAUAUCGCCCUGUGUCCUUUUUGUUGUGUCUGAUAGUUGUUCUUAAAACGCUGACGUUGCAAAGUAUAAGGCUGUGUCUGUGGAACUGUAGAACGGUUCAGGUUGGAAAAGACCUCAGCCACCUCUGCCAUGCCCACUGACCAGGUCUCUCAGUGCCACAUCCACACUGUGUUUCAACACCUCCAGGGACGCUGACUCCCUCACCUCUCUGGGCAGCUUCUGCCACUGCCUCGCUGCUCUUUCUGAGAAGAAAUUGUUCCUAGCAUCCACCCGUUCCUAAUACACUCCCCUGGCACAACUGGAGCCUUGCUAGUUCCCAGGCAGGUAGACUUAAACUGUAAAUUGUGAGGUGAUUGUUUCUAAACUGUUGGCUGGAAGGAUGGCAAAGUGCUUGCUGUCAUUCAAGGUGAAUAAUAACGGAGCAGGGGAGCUGUCUUAAGGUUUGUGUUAAUGAUUUGUUGAUUACUGCUGGCAGCUGAGCAGGAAACAGACUUCGAUGGUCUUGGAGCAGUCGAUGGUGAUUGGUAUGAGCCUAUCAAAGCUCUCGAGCAUCAUGUGUUUUUUUUUACAUUGGCUCUGCCUAUAUGCAUUGUGAAUUAUUAAAAACACCACAGCAGAAUAUACCACAGCUUCUGCUGGAGCAGGCAAGAGCAGAUGCCAGGGGAAGGCCAUGCCAGGGGAAGGCUCACGGGGAUCCCUGACCAGGCCCCUGUGUCUCAGAGAGUCCCUCGGGUGAAGAGUUGUUGCCUCUGUGUUGGACAAACCUUUGUCUUUCUGUGGUAGGUUUGAACCUGUAGUAAGAAAAUAGGGGGGUACCUGAGGAAGUAAGCAGUACUACAAAUGUUACUGAUCAAAUGAGACAGUUGAAAGUCAAUUUCUGGUUAGUAAAAGCCAGUGCAUAGGAGUCAUAUUAAUGAAUAUUAACUUACUGAAGAAUGUUCACACACUGGGCUAUGAAAUUAUCCAGGUUAGAUAAAGCUUGGUGUCUAUAACAAACAACAAUAAAAAGUAGUGUUACGCUCUUACAGUGCAUCCUAAUGCAAUGAAUUCAAGUUCUUUCUCACUGAGCAGAGGAUAAAUUUGAAGUUCUGUUAUUUUCACUGGAUUUAUACUAACUAGACAAUUAAAAGUAGAACUUGAGCAUUUACACCAUUUUUAAACUGUAUUGUACAUUAACAACAACAACAAAAAAGGCACACACGCUUUCCAAGUCCCAGUCUGUAAUGAUAAUAACUAUGAGUAAGAUAGUGGGUAUUUAUAAUGUGUCUGGUCAUUAUCAUACUGAUAAACUUUGGUCCACCACAGAUCUUUAUAAUAGAAAUUUUAGGAACUUAAAAAUUAUUUCAUGUUUUUAGUCACUUAAUUUUGUGCGUUCGUGAAAAUUUUAUUGUCAAACUUUUCCUUGCAUUGGGCUUUGUUCUUUAUUAACUUGUUCUCAUACAACAUCUAGAUUUCUGGUCAGCUGAGGCCUUCCAUCCUCUUGGAAGACAAGCCUGUCAGAAGUUCAACAAUACCAGACUCAACAUAUCCUGCACAUACAAAGAAGAACAGUGUCUGCUUCCAAGGCAUGGCAGCAACCAGGGCUUGUCACUGAUCACCUCACAAAUCAGUAGCAGAACUAGGACGUGCUUCCAGUGCUUUCCAGCUUCCGCUGCUUUCCAGCUCUGAGAGUUUGAGAAGAUGAGUGUUAGUAGGGCAUUGGAUUAGAAAUGAGCAGACAUAGAAUAGUAGUGGUAGGAUCAGGCAGAAGAGCAGCUUGGCCUAGGGGAAUGCAAGUGAGCUCUGUGAGCAUUGCCGGGAGAAACACAGAAUGUGGAAAAUUGAUGCUUGAGUCUCAGUAUUGCUGCAUAUGCACAAAUUUCCCGUUUGUUCUUUUUGUGAUGUGUUUAUUCAGUACUCCGUGUAAAUUAUUCCUAAGAUUGAAAUAGCCACUUCAGUUAUUUAUUCCAUCAAAUGGAACAUAUCAUUAUAGUUUAGGCUCUAAUUUUUUCUGCUACAUGAUUGUUAUGACUAAAGAAACACUUUCAUUAUAAACUGUUGAGAGAAUACAGAUUAAACUGAAACCCACAUCUUGUACUUACUUGCAGCAUAAAUAGCAAAAGUUGUAAGUGUUCAAAUGAUACACUGCCCAUGUUCUGUUAACUUCUUCCCUGCCAGAAGGCAGUGAUGUGAAAUGGGUGGGUGCUUGUAUAUCAGAACACUGAGCGAUUUGAUUCAAAUUUUUAUUUACCAGAACUAAAUUGAGCUAGUCUUGAUGAAUACAAGCAAUUUAAAUAGUCAGCAAAACAUACUCAGGAUUUGUGUGGGUGAAACCUAGUGUUCCUUGCCAUAGGCACUGACAGCCUGUGUUUGACAAGGGAGGAGUCUAGAACGUUUGCAAUCCAAGACUCCAAUCCUGGAUAGAGGUUUAAAGUGUAAAGUCUAUCACAGAUUAAAGGAUAGCACAGUUUUCUGGUGAGGUGCCCAGUCCCAUGGUGAUGUUACUUAUGCAGUGCUGGCAGCAGUAGGUCAAGAAUGUUUAGAUGCAGUUUUGAUACAGCCAGUUGAUACCGUUGUAUGAAACAGGAGUUUCCAUGCUUUCUUUAAAAUACUCUGAUGAAGGUGGCAAGUGUAAAAGCUGAUUCAGUGCUCCAGAAUUGCUAGGUGCUGCCAAAAAAAACCCAGCAAAACAAAAAACCAGCAGGAUGCUGUCAUUUUUGCAGAAGCCUGAAUGUAUUUCUUUAUUUAUUUUAAUGUAUAAAGUAGAAGUAACAACCAAUGGAAGAAGGAUCAGAAAAAGGAUAUGUGCUCUAGUGCUUCACUGCUCAAAUAUCUGGAGUUUCAGACAGAUAACACUGGAAUCUGGUACUGAAUUUGCUUAUUACCUCUAUUAAUAGCCAUUUUCAGGGGCACCCAGCCUUCUGCAUAAACUGCUUAAUUUGGAUCUAAUUAGAUAUUGAGUGUAAAAUAAAUAAGUUAGUCUCUGGGAGACUAAUCCAGUUGCUCCUGAUGCCCGAGGCAGUCGCUGGCUUCAGCAGAGAUUACAUUAUAACUGUAUUACCGUACCCUUUGGUCAUGGUUAUGGGUCUUCUUGCGCUAAUUGCUCCACAGGAAGAUUGCUCCUUCCCGGAGGAUCAAGCAAAUGCUGCAUUUGAACUAAGUGAGCCCAGUAUAGGGAUCCUUAUCAGGCAGUAAAUUAAAGUGGCAGAAUAGAAAUCUAGUUCUCCAGGGGUUUCGCCCACCCAAGAAUUUAGACAAAAUGUUCUUAGUUAUGCUAAGCACUGUAGGAUUAGCUGUGAUUGAAAGGGAUUGCAUGAAACUUUACUGACAUCCCUCCCCCGGUGAGGCAGUCAUGUUGUCUGAUCUUCCGUACUCAGUGACUCUAAAUAAGGGGUCUUUCACACUGUUUUAGUUUAUUUUUUUUUCACCCAGUUAUCUCAUACACGUCAUUCCUUUUUUCUCUGUUUAUUUCUCUGGUUAUUUUCACAUGUUAGAACACACAAAGCAAUUUCUCUGUCCAACCAUCUAAUCACCAUUCAAAUACCGAGCUUGAUCCUUGUUGAACCCACAUGUGGGCUUUUGCGUAGAGAACAAUUCUCAUGUCUGUUACAUAGAUAAUGCAUAGCAAUUUCAUUAGCUUUUCUGAAGAACAGAUUGUACUCGUGUUUUCUUGCUCUCCCAGCUGUCUUCAGAGUUGUGUUUUGUUUGUUCCUUUUUACACUUGAAUUCCAGAAAAUAGCAGUAGCUCUCAUCUUUGCUAACUACACCUCAUCUUCUUCAAGAGGUUUGCAGGGACCGACCCUUCUGUAAAAGUUGAUCAUAAUGAGUUUAACUUUUCUUUAGGAAUCAGUAUACAACCUUCUGCUAUUUACUUUAAAAGAUUCAUAGUCUAUUGAGAACAAUUAUUUGUGGCUAAUGCAUUUCUAAGUAACUUAAACAGUUCCAGACCGUAAUAUUUGUAUUUAAACAUUCUGUGUUUCUCAUAUUCAGAAAAUAAAGAAUAAAAUUUAUGCUUCUUGAAAUGCUCAUUUAAAAAUAAUGGGAGAAAAUUUGGGUUAAUAAAGUAAAUAAAAAUCAGUUUUUUGAGGCUUCUUGCAUCAGUUAAAGUGAGAUCCCAGCUCUGCUGCUUGGAAUAGAUAUAAAUCUUGGACAAGUCCCAGGAAAGCCCACACAAAGGGCAAGUGAGAGAAAAACAAGAAAUAACGUGGAAAUUUCCAGCUAUUUUCUUUCUUCUGUUCUGAAAUGAUUUUGAAAUAACUCAGUAGUGAAGUUAGUUUUCUAUGUCUUUAUUUCACCAUUGAUUUUUUUUUUCCUCUAAAUUGUAGUGAAGUCUUCCAAAGGGGAGAAGCAAGUGAAGUAAUAAAUCUGAAAAGAUUGCUCAAAUCAGUCUUUCCCUCUCUGAAGUACACAAGGACUGCACUGAAGGAGCAAUAGUGUUUUCUUCUGUUUUUUUUUUCAACUGUUUCCAAGCAGUGUAUCAGCUGCAAUAAGUUUGCUUUGUGCAUUGGAAAGAAAGACCUUCUCUUUUAAAUUUUGUUCCAACAUUUGCAAAAUUUCGUAGUGUAUUAUUUCAAUCCUUAAUGUGUCAUUUCUUAAACAUUUCAGGGAAGUGUAAACAUCUGGAAAUGCUGAACUUUAAUCCUUUCUACUACAGAUUGGAAACAUUAACAGCUGAGAGAAUCUAGCAUCUAACUCGUAUGUUUUGAAAGUGAGAGGGAAAACAAAGCAAAUAUACAGCAACAGAUAUUCCUAAAAUUAAUUUGGGGUUGUAGUAUAUACAUGUAUUUAAUAUCUUUACCUAGUGCAUUAUCUUCAGCUUCUGCUUAGUGUUGAAAUCUUUGGGUCACAUGUGAAGAUGUUUUUGUUCUUAGUCUUCUUGUUUAGAAGUCAAAACUCAGGUAGUGCAAUGCAGCUGGACGAGUUAUAGCUGUCUUGGAAUUCAGUAACUUGGAAAAAAAGAAGUCUUGGCAGUGGGAAAGAUCAGUAUUAAUAGACACACAUAAAGCUCUUAUGUUCUUCUAAGUUCUGCCUACGUAUUGUUUGUAACCUUUGUACUUGGUCUUAACAUUUGCUUUUAAUCCUUGACUUUCUAGAAGCAUUUCUUCAAGAAUAAAGGAGAGGGAACAUUGUUGUCAAAAAUACAAAUGUGUUCUUGGCACUUGGCUAUGUUUUUCAGUUUGUUUUCUUGAUCACAGUUUUGUGAAUAGAGACAAGACCAUGAAAACUUACGCCUAUUUGCAGUGGACUAAGUUAGAUUAAGUGCUUGUAUAUUGCCAACAGCAGCCUGCCAUCUUACUUGAAAAUAUAUGUGUUCCAAAGAUUUAAAAAACCCUGAAAAACAUCUGUUACAUUGUGGACAGCGCCCAGCCAACUUUUUCAGUUCUAAAUUGAACCAUGAAAGUUAGGGCUUUUUCAGAUUAGAAGGCGUUGCUUUAUAUCCAAAGGUCUUUCAGAGGACAGUGUGUAGUUGCUCUUGGUAUCUAGGGGUCUUCUGUCAGCCCUUUCUGGAAACAGUGUUGCCUAUGUGCAGUGUGGUGGUAGGAAGCAGCAUGGAGCUAAAAUGUUUCACUGGUAAAACCAUCGCAGUAGAAUCAUAGUUUCCAGUGUAAUAACUUCAGCCUGAAGUUGUCUUGUGCCUUCUACUUAGUAUUCACCUGCAUAGUUUUCUUUGCUAGAUAAGAUUUCCUGUACUGAUGUAAGGUGGAGUCUUAUUUUCAUCUUCAUUGAAUCAUAGAAUCAUGGAAUGGCCUGGGUUGAAAAGAACCGCAAUGAUCAUCUAGUUUCAACCCCCCUGCUAUGUGCCCGACCACUAGACCAUCUUCCUAUGAUAUUUUGAAGUAAUUUAAGUUCAAACUGCUGUCACCGUGGCCAUUUUUAGGAAAGUUGACAUCCAUAACAGCAAUUGCUCUUUCCUAGCCAGAUGAAGAUUAUUAAAUAUUGUCUUGGCCUACAUUGGCACCUGAUAUUCCAGGCACAUCGCUGAAGUAUAAAGUUAGAUUGGUUAAUACUGAUUGAGUAGUGGAGGUGAUCUUUAUCCUCAAAUUUUCUUCAUCAUCUAUCUGUCAGUAUCACCUUCAUCUUGUCUGCUACAACUGACCAAUCUCAUUCAUUCCUCAGCCUUUGUAUAGCCUGGGUUAGUGUCAUACUAUGUAUAUUUUUUAAUGCUGCAAUUCUGGAGAUCCCAGUGACGACCACUGUUGUACUCCAGCCUCAAAAUCUGCACAUAAAGAUGAGUGUCUUUACCUCUAACUCGCUUCCAUUUUCAUCUGACUAGUAUAUUGAGAAUUUUGGGUGGCUUCCUAUGGCACCCACUCCCAGAAAGUGCUCCUGGAGUUUGUGACAAAUUCCCUGCAUAACCUAGACUUACCCAGUCUAAGAAGAGACUCAUCAGUUUCUGGGAUCAAAGUUAAGUCCACGGCAUGAAAGGCAGAACAAAAUAUGCUGAACUAUUGUGGAAGCAGUCUCUUGGUUAUUAUAGGUACAUGAAACACUCUAUAAAUGAGAAAAAAAUGGUAAUAUUGAAGAUGAGCAGAAGUUUUUCACAUUUCUGAAGUCAGCAUUGGUGUGAACUGUCCUUUUAUUUUUCUGAAAGCAAGAAGAAAACAGUGAUGUUUUAUUUGUGAUUAUUUCUUGUCUUGCAAUAUUUGCUGAAGUAAUUGGAACAGACUUGGAGGGAAACACAAUUAUCAUUUACUUUGGCUCUUGUUAUGCCUUUUACUCUUGGACUCUCUCCCCUGAUGGUUGAAAUUAAGUGUAUCAAGGGUCUUCUUGGUAGACAAAGUGUGUAAUCUGUAAAAACAUUAACUCUCUGGCUUGGUUUUUGUCAUCUUUUACCUGUGCUAUUACUUUGUCUUGACUUGUUUCUGGAGAAGAGGAUUCCUGGAUCCUUUUGGACAGAGCUGCUCAGCUGCAAAAUUUGAAGUUCUGGUGAUCCAUCAUGGGGAACCAUGUAGGAAAACGAGAACAUAGCUCUGACAAGUCAGCCAAGAAUGCUGAAACCAAGGUGGAGGAAGUGGCUAAGGAGAGUCCGAAAGCAGCAAGGCUAACACAGCAGUCUUCAGAGGACAACGAAGUAUUUGGAGAGGCAGAUGUGAACCAGAACAAUGGGACCUCCACGAAGAGCCCAGCGGUGACAGACUCCAAAGGCACAGCGGACCCGAAGAAUGCCUGGCCCCAGGCCCACCCAGCUGACACGGCCGGUCGCCCCCACUUGAUCCGCCUCUUUUCCCGAGAUGCCCCAGGGAGAGAAGACAACACCUUCAAAGAUCGGCCCUCGGAGUCAGACGAGCUACAGACCAUCCAAGAGGACAGUGCAGCAGCUUCAGAGAAUUCGGAUUUGAUGGCUUCACAAAAACGCUCCUCUUUCCGGCACGGAUCAAAAAUGGCAUCGGCAAGCACUACAGACCAUGCUCGACAUGGAUCUCCAAGGCACAGAGACUCGGGUCUACUUGACUCGCUGGGCAGAUUCUUUGGAGGUGACAGACACGUUCCCCGGCGGGGCUUUGGCAAGGAUAUACACGCAGCCAGGGCCAGCCAUGUAGGCUCCAUCCCCCAGAGGUCUCAGCAUGGCCGGCCUGGUGACGACAACCCUGUAGUCCACUUCUUCAAGAACAUUGUCUCACCCCGUACUCCUCCUCCAAUGCAAGCAAAGGGAAGAGGACUGUCCCUCACCAGAUUUAGCUGGGGUGGUGAAGGACACAAGCCGGGAUACGGAAGUGGAAAAUUCUAUGAGCACAAAUCUGCUCACAAGGGACAUAAGGGAUCCUAUCACGAGGGCCAGGGCACUCUUUCCAAAAUCUUUAAACUGGGAGGCUCUGGCUCCCGGCCUGGAUCGCGGUCUGGCUCACCAGUUGCGAGGCGCUGAAGCUCUACGAUGCCAUUCAAGGAUCACGCACUCUGCUUCAUAACCUAACCGCCUUAAAAUUAAUAACAACUGCAAGAAUUACCUAGUUAGACGCAGUCCAUUACUUAGUGCCAAUUAGGUUCUGCAUGCAGUAGAUGAUACAAACUUCUAUUGGCAAUCCCUGACCAACAGUUGAAUGAAAGGAACACACAAAGUAGCUUUACUAGCUGUUGUCCCUAUUUUACGUAGAGUAACAAGACGACUGACUUUACUCAUUCUCCUUCAGGGUGCCCUAACUGUAUGCUGGACUUCAUUAUUUCUCCCAAGCACCUAAUCUGAGCUCCAGCCUUCUGGUUUCAUUUUAGUGAACAUGAGAAUCGCAAAUAAAGAGUUAAUGUCUUGGAUACUGAGCACUGCUGUUAAUGAGCUUUCGAAACGCUGCUGUAAAAAACAACCACCAAAUCCACCACGUGCAGAAGUUGUAAGGACUGUUUAUCCAAAUCCUUUUUCAUUUUUUUGAUUUGGGCCUUUGGUUUGGUUUCUGUUUUGUUUUAAUCUUCCUUCUCUCACUCACAGAAUAAUUUAUUUUCAUAACAGGAUUAGGCAGUCACGGAAAGGUUCACCAAACAUUGCGAGUUCAAGGUAUGUGAAAUGUGGGAGGGGGCAGAUGUUGUAGAAUCAAUACGAUGCAGAGCAAUGGCAAUAAGGAAACGCUUUCCGCACCACGAAUUGCUCACCGCAUCCAAACCAUUAGAAUUAAGAGUAGAUGAGGGAGAGAAAGAGGAUUUCAAAUUUGAGUUAGACUCAUGCUAAGAAACAAGGGAUAAUCCCAGCGACGAAACAUCAGAUCGCACAUGUGACCACUGGACGUCACUGUUGCUCCACACAAACUGCUGCAACAGCGUAAACUUUGCAGUAAAGUAAGUAAUCAUAUAUAUACAUGAAUAAGUCUAAUUUCUGAAAGAGAGCCCUUCAGUACUGGUGUCUCAGAUAGUCCUGCACAUCUCAUGAGAGAACUUCAAACCUUGCUCUUGGUAUUGCAGCAGCAUUAUAUUUGGUUGGCUCUUCUUUUGCCUGAGUAACAUCUGGAUGCCUGUUAAGGGCAGUGCACCAAAGCAAACUCAUAGUAAACUACUGUGAACGUUUAACUGUUGUACUGUAGUUGCCUCAUAGAAAUGAGUUAUAACCGAGUUAGAUUUAGAUAUUAAUUGUUCACAGAUAACUAAAAUGAGUGUGUGGCAACGGUAUUUCCAACCACACGUAGAGAAAUAUAAGGCUCUUCUGAAUUGCACUGUUUUAUUACUCAAACUCACCAUUCCUUCAAGCUCUUCUCUAAGUGUCUGAUUAAUUACUUUCUUUUUUAGUUUUAGCCCGUGUUGUAGACUGAGGUUAAUGCUUCCCAAGUUGAAACGGCAUCUAUGUGUCCAGUAGAAGUUACCUAUACACAUGUAUGUUAAUUCACCUCUAAAUCUAUUGUAGGUUUAUAUUCAGUGUCCAUUAAUACAAAGCAAGGGAAGAUGGAGAAUAGAGAAUAGAGACUAAGGAAAACAAAACCACCAAAAUUAUUAAGUAUACAUACAUGUAUUACAUCUUCUGUUACCUGCGUUGUUUGCUAUGUGUAUUUUUCUAUCGUAGCUUCAUUCAGAUUUAUACUUGGCAACGUAAUAGUGGAUUUAAUUUGAAGACAUAUUGUUCUUAUAGGAACAAAGCUUUUAAAAUUUAUCAAAAUAAAGUAAUCGAUGUGUAAUGAAA